AUGAAGUGGCUUGCUCGCGACGUCGAGAGGAUUCAUGGAUUCAAGCCCACCAAUGUUCGUGCAGUGCAGCCCCCGGACCGUUAUGUCGAGUACAUGCAGCUGAAUGGAUGGCUGGACAUUGAUCUCAAUGAUCCUGAUUUGGCUCAUCUGUUUCCAGGUAAAUAG